CGAUUACUCUUCUUUCCGAGGCACAUCGACACCAAUCGUAAUCGACAAUGGAUCGUGUAAUCUUCGUGCCGGCUAUGCAACGGACACCACACCGCGCUUCUCAAUCGAAAGUCUAUACGCCAAACACCGCGACCGACGUAUGAAUAAGACGUACCAGCUGGUAGGCAACGAUAUCAUGGCGGAUCCCCUGGCGCGUCUGAGCGCAAAGUCUCCAUUCGAUGGACCGAUAGUGUCAAACUACGAGAUCAUGGAGGGCAUAUUGGAUUACGUGUUCCUGAAAUUGGGUGUCGAGGGAAGCUCGGUGGAUCAUCCAGUCGUGAUGACCGAAGUGUUGGGAAAUCCUGCUGUGAAUAGAAGAUCGAUGAACGAGGUCCUUUUCGAGUUGUAUGGAGUUCAAUCUGCAGCAUAUGGAAUUGACUCCCUGUUCAGUUUCCACGCCAACAAUGGAAAGGAUGGGCUUGUUAUUUCAACUGGCAACAACUCGACAAAUAUUGUUCCAGUUGUCAACGGCAAGGGCGUUCUCAGCCUUGCUAAGCGGCUGAACUGGGGCGCAACCCAAGCAGCUACCUUCCUGCAGUCAUUGAUGGCUUUGAAAUACCCGAAUUUCCCACAGAAGCUCUCCCUUGAGCAAGCUACGCUUCUCCUGCAAGAUCACUGCUAUGUCUCACCAGAAUCGUACGCGGAAGAAUUGCGAACAUACAUUACAGAAGAUAUUUUGGCGGAAAAGGACCGCAUUAUCCAAUUUCCGUAUACAGAGGUCGCGACAAUGGAGAAGACACAGGAGGAAAUCGAUCGUCUUGCCGAGCAGCGAAAAGCGAGCGGAAGAAGGCUACAGGAACAGGCAGCCGCAAAGAGAGCGGAGAAACUGCAAAACCUCGAAAGAGAAAUGUCGGCGUAUCAAGAGCUGAAGUUGUCACUGAAUGAGCAAGGAAAGAGAGACGGGAAGAAGGUGCUGGAAGCUGAAGGGUUUGAAGAUGAAGCAGCCCUGGACAAGGUUAUGAAGAAGUUGGAAGCUCAGAUUCGGAAGUUGAGAAACAAGAGUCUCGGUCUGGAAGAGGAAGAGGAAGAGCCUGAGGUUCCCUCUUUCCCUCUUCUCGAUGUGCCGGACGAGGACCUUGACGAGGCGGGCAUAAAACAGAAGCGUCAGCAAAAGAUGCAAAAGGCAAACUACGAUGCAAGAAUGCGUCUCAAGGUUGAGAAGGAAGCGGAAAGACAACGUAUCAGGGAUGAGGAAGCAGCUGACGACUUGAAACGUACGACUGCCCUGGAUGGGUGGCUUGCGACGAAGAGGGCCGCUCGUGAGGAACUUCUCCAGAAAAUCAAUGACAGGAGAAGGCUGAAGGCGGAGUUGUCCGACAGAAAAAGUAUGGCUUCGCAGAUGCGGAUGAAGUCUCUCGCAAACCUUGCAUCAGAUAAUCCUUCUGGGAAGAAGCGCCGAAGAGGAGGUGAUGACGAUGGGUUCGGCAUGGAUGAUGCGGACUGGGGUGUCUACCGCGACGUUGGCGAUGUUGACUCUGAAGAUGAAGAAGAUGACACAGCGGAACUGAAGAAGCUCGAAGCGUCUUUACUGGAACACGAUCCCGAAUUCGUUGCAGGUAUGGAGCAUGAUGCAGCGGUGGAUCCCAGGGAUUCUCUGGUGUAUAAGUUCUUGCGCGGUGUCCAUCCACAACCAUGGCAGCCUGACAACCUAGCACACGCUCAUCAGCUCCAUCUCAAUGUAGAGCGGAUACGUGUCCCAGAAGUACCCUUCCAACCUGGUAUCGCAGGCCUGGAUCAAGCCUCCAUUAUCGAGAUCGCUAAGGACAUUCUGUCGCGUCUUCAGCCGUCCCCGCGCACAAAUGUCGUCAAAGAUGUCUUCCUAACCGGUGGUCUUAGUCUCCUGCCUAAUUACAGGCAGCGAAUGAAGUACGAAGUCAGAGGAAUUCUUCCGGUCGAUACCGAUUUCAAUGUACGACAGGCAAACGAUCCUUUGAACGAUGCUUGGCGCGGUGCGGCCACGUGGGCGAGCAAAGGGGAUGAAUUAAGGAAGUGCUUAGUAACGAGGCAGGAAUAUCUGGAAAUGGGAGGAGACUACAUGAAGGAGCAUGGCAUGGGCAACGCCUUAGGAUGUUGAAUCGCGGGCAUAGUGUAGCGAGCU